GAAAAGCUCUACCGAAGAGCUUGCCGGGCCUACGGUCUCCCACAAAAAGUUUUACGUUACCGGUGCCGGCAGCCCAACGUGUCUUAACCCAACACCAAAGCUGUCAAAGCUCGACUCGAAGCAUGAUGACUAGGACUCAAUGCCCGAGUUGGGCUUGACAGCAGCGAUGAAGCAAGCGCAGACCAGCACAGACCGCGCUCUUCCCAAACCCGAGCUCGAAGGCAAAUCUACGGGAAAGUUGACGAUGGAACUCCCAUACUGGGAUUCCCAGGAUUCGGGACCAACCACAAUUGUCAACUCGGACGGCAACAGCAUUUUCCCAACACCGCUUACCUCUCCGAUGUGGCCCUACUUGGCUGACUCGGCAGACGCCGGGCACUUUAGGCCCGAUAUCAAGUACAUAGACUCGGCCUUUCACAAAGAAUACCGGCCCCUAUUCUACAAGUACGGGAUCGAGUACGACUUUGGCCAGCCACCGUAUCCUAGUUACGGUAGCCGGACGGUCGUCAUUACCGGUCUGCCGCCCGACACUGCCGUGAGCGCCAUCAUGGCCGGAAUCCGAGGUGGCCCGGUCCUCAAGGUCACCACGGCCACGAGCCCUGCCGGGUUCACAGCCCGUGUGCAGUUCGUCGACUCGUAUGACGCGUGCGCAUACGACGCCUACACGAAGCGGCGAUCCACGCCUUCCCCGUUCGGAGGCAACGCCCGCAUCGAGCUCACGGACACCGUGAGCUUCCCCAUCGCCGACGAGACGGCCCACGAUAUCAUGGCCGGCAUGACGCGUCUGGUCGUGGUGCGCGAGUUCUCGCGGUACUCGGCGCGCCAGUUCCUUGACUCGUUCCAGUUCAUGUUCCUGCACCACGAGGAGCUCUUCGAGGACGUGUGGAUGGACGGCAAGGGCGUCCUGCACCUGCUCUUCCGGGACCUCGCCAGCUCCGCCUCGUACUUCAAGACGGUCCUGCACGGCCUGCGCCACGUCACCUUCCGCGACCGCGUCUUCUUCGCCGCCGACCCCUGCGACGCCCCGCUGGGCGACCUGCAGUACCCCCCGCGCCUGGCCCGCGGCCUGUAUCCCAGUCUGCUCGACGACUGGGCCGACCGCCGGAAGGUGGUCAGGAAGGUCGGCUUUGCCCGCAGAGACGCCGGCGACCCGGCCGGGUCUGCCGCCGGCCGCCCGGCCCCCGUCGGCGUCCACCAGCCUAUCGCCCCGUGCGGAUCGCCCCGACCGCUCGCCAAGGUGGCGCAGGAACUCGAGAGCCAGCUGGGCGGCGAUCCGUUUAUCGGCUCCGACACCUGUCCGCACAACCACUUCUACAACGCCUGCCUGCUCGCGUCCGGCCAGGUGGGGCGGGAGCUCAGCCCUCUCGCCACCGAGCGGUCGAGCUCCGAGGAUGCGUGGGCGUUCCCCAGUGCGUCCGCCACGGCCGCCGUCGGCUCGGCUCGGUCUGGAGCCUUCAAAUCCCAAGGGCAUUCAGACCAAGAGUACGAACUGGUCGACCGUCCUACCCCGUCUCCCAGCGGGAGCGACCCACCCUACCACCAUCCACGCACACAGCUCGCAGUCCAGCGCAAGGACGAGCAGGCGACGCGGGCUCCGGUUCCGCAGAGGGCCCCGGAGCGGGAGCCGCGCGGCGGCGUAUCCCAAGGCUUCCGGACCGUGGUAAAAGACGCCCAGGGCCGCCAGUGCGGCAUCCUGACGGUCAACUACGUCGAUACGGCGCUCGAGAGCGCGACGGGCGCCUGGGAGAAGGUGGAGGGGCCCUUUCAUUAGCGGCCGAGUGGAGGAGCACUUGGUAUUUCCCCCUUAUUAAGCGCCCCUCGUUUCCGUCGCGGCGACCGCGCCGGCUAACGCAGCUAGAAUACACACAUCUAGAUGUCUUUCUUGGGCUGGCCGUCCACGCACGCCGGGAGCCGCAGCAGACCUCCCGCGGCCGUCCACGCACAUCGCACCACAACCCCGUUAAUAUCCCCCGUAUCCACGAGGACCCCGCAGGCAGCGCCUAAUAUCAUCUGCCCACUAGCCACCGCCAGACGGCCACCGCCGCACGCAUUCACUUCAUACCCGGGGCCCUCUCGCC